UUUAUUCAACAAUUUUUUAAUUCAAUGCGUUAUAGAAUCUGAUCGCACCAAGUAGAUAAUAUCUCCUAGCCAGCUUACAGGUACCUUCUUUCUACGUCCACCAAAACAAUUGACCCACACAAUGUUCUCUUGGGAGGCAAGUUUAUCGAAUGAACUUUACUUUGUUCGGCAAUACUUUUAUAGCGGUAGCUAUGACAAGUUGUCUGAAAUCGAUACUUCAUCCUUAUCCGAAAAAGGCCUUGAACUAACAGAAUUGUACAUGGCCAGAGCAAAGCUGGCAUUGGGAGAAAGUAUUGAGUCGAUUCAGGGCACGCUUACUCAAAAGUCUGCCGGAGGCGCCGCUCUUUUGGCAUUGGCAGGAGAAGGAAACAUGGACCAUUUGAUCGAGCAGCACGGCGAUACAGAUGCCGCUGUGCAAACACUAGGCGCCAUCUAUUUGAUUCAUAAAGAAGCUUAUGACGAGGCCUUAUCUUUGCUCCAAAAAUCUGUGGAAAACUUGGAAGCAGUAGCUUUGGAAGUCUAUAUUCGUUUAUACCAACACAAAUUAGAAGCCGCAGAAGCAGCAAUAACGAAAAGUUUGGAUUGGGCCGAUGAAGAAAUUGUUUUGCAAAUUGCUCAAUCUUGGGUAAAACUUGCUAAAGGCGGUUUAGAUUCUUACAAUGACGCCUUUUACGUAUACGAAGAAUUAAACGGAAGUGAAAGCAAUCCUCGUGUUUUGACUUGCAUGGCUUGCUCUGAUUUAUGCUUAUUACGUACUCAAGAGGCCGUAAGCUCUUUACGAUCGGCCCUUGAAAUGCAAUCCGACUAUACACCAGCUGCUGCCAAUUUGAAGACAGCUGUUCUUGCUCUAGGUCCUUUGGCCCCCUUAGACGCAAAACAACUUUACGAAACUUCUUCUUGUGGUGCUUUUCUAGCAAAACAGUUGAAUCAAAAAUCUCAAGAAUUUGAUACAUUGGCGACACAAUUUCUCGCUAAUUCUUCUGCAUGAUGAUUGUGCAAGUCUUUUUUUUUUUUUUUUUUUUUCAUUUCAUUUUACGAUCUUCGCUAUAUAGACGAUUAUCCUUUCAUUCCUUGUCGAUUCGCAAACGCUCGAACUUGAUUUCAGUCGUAUAAUUGUCCUUGACAUUCCUAUAAUAUUUAUAAUUCAAUUAACUAUGCCUUUUAUUCUCCUUGUGUUAGACACAUUGAGUAUUAGAAUAGUAGCU